AUGGCUCUCGUCUUCGGAUUUCCAACUUAUUAUCCGAUGUCCCGGUAAGUUUUUCGAAAACAGAUUUUUUUCUUUGUCGGUAAGAAUUGAGUUAUUGCUCAAUUUUGCUCACACAAGAAGCUUAAUUUUCCGGCUUGUUCAGUGCUUUUUCUAAAUUUUUUUUUUGCCUUCAAUUCUUUAGUCAACAAUACUUCUGACCGAGUAUUGGGUUUGCUUGGUGUCAGUCGUUUAAUACGAAAGAUUGCACCUCAUAAGAAAAAAAGCCGAAAUUAGUGAAGCAUUGAGGCGAAUAGGCGUUGAGUUUAUUCUCUGUUACCAACCUUUAAGAGGGAAAGCUUUAAAUACGAUAAAACGUUUUAAAUGAAUUACCAGUUAAUUAUAAAGCGUCUGAAGCAUACAGUCAGUCUUCCUAAUUUACUGUCAUUUUUCUCAUUUAUUUCCACAGCAGAGACUACAAUGAAGCUGUUCUAGGUUUUGGGUUUUUGGAUGAUUUAUGGAAAGAGUUAGCUCUUCCUUGUAACGAACAGGCGCGAGACACUAACUUUCAAUGCAGGCAAAAUAAUUUGGCAGUCCAGGGCCCAAUCAAGAUUGCCUCUCUGCCACUAAAGCAGUACCAGAGAGAAGACAUUUCACUCGGUGUUGACGGCGAAGGUAUCAUCUUACACGGUCAGCAUCGAUCAGAGAGAGAAGAUGGAUUUGAGAAUAAUGAGUUUAAAAAGAUUAUUAAGCUGCAUGACGGAGUUGAUCGAACAACAGUAAAGUCGCGUGUGAUCAAAAAUCUAAAAAGUGGCAGCGUGCUGCUUCUUGAAGGCAACAGACGCGUUGAAGAGAAAGCAAAACAAGACGAUGGCAAAUUUCAGGUUAAAUUGGAUCUGCGUUGAUUUAAACCAGAAGAUAUCAAAGUCCAGCUUCGUGGACAUGAGCUCAAAGUCACGGGAAAACACAAAUCAGAAGACCAAGAUUUCUAUUUUUCACGUGACUACAUGUACGUACGGCCAUCGUGUUUUUUUGCCUGAUGACGCAGACCUUGGUUCAGUGACGCCACGCCUCUCCAAGAACGGCUUGUUAAUCAUAGAAGCGUCACGUGACCCAGUUUUACUGCCGAGUAACAGAAAUGUGGAGGUCUCUAUGGAAGUUGAUGAGCCACAACCUGAAGAGCAGGCCAAACAAGUGGCAAAUAGUGAUACAGAA